CUACUACUAAUAGUAGUAUUAUUGUUGUUGUUGAGCACGCAACUCAACGUGCGCUAAGGCGGGGUGAGAGGGAGAGUGGGAGGGAGGGAGGGAGAGAUCGGGGGUUUUUUUGUGUUAAAAAAUAUCCGUCCAUCUCGCUCGCUCGCUCUCUCUCUCUCUCUCUUCGCCACAAUUAAUGACCAUGAGUUCAUAUUUGAUGGAGACGACUUUCGUCGACCCGAAAUUCCCGCCGUGCGAAGAAUAUUCCCAGGGCAGCUACAUCCCCAAUCAGCACGGCGCGCCUGCUGGAUUCCUCGUCCGGAACGCCGCCAACGAGUCGCGUUCAUACUCGCCCGCAACUCACCACCACCACCAUCACCACCCACCUCCUCCUCACCACCACCAUCACCACCUCCACCAUCACCACCAUCAUCAUCACCGCCAGCAGCAGGACGCCCGGCACGCAGCCGUCGCUUACCCGGCGAGCGACCGCAUCUCCGGGCGAGUCUUCGGCGGCUAUAGCGAAGACCCCACGGCAAACCCGACCCCAAACGCCACCACCACCAGCACCACCACCAGCACCACCAGCACCACCAGCGCCACCACCACCGCCACCACCAGCACCACCACCAGCAGCUCGUCGCCCGACGUUAGCCAGACGGCACACGCACGGCCAGCGUCCAGUCCCGAGGCUCACGCCGCGAUCCCAGAGUGCGACUCUUCGAGCCCCGAGGUUGCGGUGACUUCAACCAUCAAGCAGCAGCAGCAGCAGCAGCUACUGCCGCAAGUUUAUCCGUGGAUGAAGAAGCUUCACGUUGGAGUCAACUCGGGCUGCCACAGCAGCAGCGGCAGCGGAGGAGGAGAAGGAGGAGGAGCAGGAGGAGGAGGAGGAGGAGCAGGAGGACCCAACGGCAUCUGUGUCGGGGAGUCGAAGCGAUCGCGCACCGCCUACACGCGCCUCCAGGUGCUGGAGCUCGAGAAGGAGUUCCACUUCAACCGCUACCUCACGCGGAGGCGACGCAUCGAGAUCGCGCACGCGCUCGGCCUCACCGAGCGCCAGAUCAAGAUCUGGUUCCAGAACCGGCGCAUGAAGUGGAAGAAGGACCACAAGCUGCCCAACACCAAGACGAGGUCGGCCGCGACGGGCUCAUUGUCGGCGUCGUCUGCGUCGAAGGCAGCGGUGGUGGUGGUUGCUGCCGCUCAGCAGCGAGUGGCCACUCACAUGGGGGGCAUCGCUGCGUUGAUGUAAGGCGGG